AUGACGAAACUCAUCCUUUCCACCGGAAACAUUGUCUCGGGCGGCCCUUCCAUAAUCCGUAAACCGGGUGCCUACAGAUCGAAUCUUGAACUCACCAAUUCGCUGCGAAGCAACUUUCUCGCUGCCCAACAGGACUACUCGCCUUACGUAGAGUCCUCGCCCAUCGAUGACGAUGACGAAGUUGCAAACGGAAACGGAUCCCUGAAUGGCCACUCCAAUGGCUUCUCUCACAACUCCAACGGCCGCCGGCCUCGCAUCGAUGUGUGGACUGCCAGCGAGGACGAUGUGCUCUACAUCCCGCGGAUAGACUGGUCCUACUCCGGUUUGCAGGAGGAACCCGAAACCUAUGAUAUUACCGUGAAGCUCUUCUUCCUCCCCAAUACCCCGCCACAAGACCGUGCCCAGUAUGUGCAGGAUGCCUUGAGUCUCGUGCGAAAGGAGCUAGGAGUUACCACGGUAGACCUCCUUAUCGCAUCCUUCCCGGGCAUGUCAUUUGAGGGCGACUGUGAGUGGGAGGCUGAUAAGCGCAAUGCCUCUCAGGGCAACAUCGACGAGGAGGCUGCGACAUGGACGGUGCUCGAAGACCUGUACAACCGCGGGGAGGUCAAGGCUCUCGGCAUUUCCGAGUUCGGAACGGAGAAGCUGGCCAAGUUCAUCAAAAAGGUCAGCGUCCGGCCGUCAGUCGACCAGAUCAAUAUCAAGGACUGCUGCAGCGUUCCCGCCACGCUGGUCAAGCUGGCCAAGACGGAGGGCGUCGAGCUGCUCGUCCACACCGAUUGCACCGACAUCCUGCCCAGAGGCACCCUGCGCGAACUUCUCGGUCACGGGCUGCAGGGUGCUGGCGUCCUCGCCGACCCUGCCGAGGAUCAGGAGGGUCUGGAAGGCGACCUCACUCCUGAGUGGGUGGUCAAAUACACUGCCUUUGUCAAAGACCGAGGUGUAAUUGAGAAUAAGGGAUAUUUUGCCGGCGCAGAUUUGGUCGAAAUCUUUUAG